AUGGCUUCUUCGUCCGACGCCCUCCACGACCGCCUGACGGCGCUGCACGAAGUAUCCAACCAGCUCCAUGACCUCAUCUCCCGCCUAGCUAGCAUUACCUUCGAGCCCGGCACUGUGCCCCUGUCUACAACAGAUCCGGACGCUGCCGUCGCAAACCCAGCCGCCGAGCUGUCCGCCGAGAUCGGCCAGCUGCUGCGCGAACAGGAAGAAGAUCUAGAGCUACUUCGCGAGGAGGUCGUCGACUUGCGCUCUGGCCGGCCUGGCAGCGAGGCCGAGCAGCGCAAGACGCGUUUGAGGGAUGGAGUGCACAGGCUUGAAAUGGAUCUUGAGAAGUAUCGGGUAGCCUUCCGACGCGCGCAAGUCGCUGCGCGGCGUACGCUAGAGGAGGCGCAGAAGAGGGAGAGGGAGAUGCUGCUGGCUGCGUAUGCUGCUUCGGCCUCGACAUCCUCUGUGACGAGCCCCGUUUCGCGCUCGGGAGCUGUCUCUCCUACGGGGAGCCAGCGGUUGCCACCACAGCCGAUAUCUCACUCAAAUACCCAACAAGAACAGUCACAACGACACCAACCCCAUCCAGAACCCCCCUCUCUUGCAUCAGCCAGCGCCGACCCCAACGAUGACCCCCGCGCCCGUCUCUUCCCCCGCCAUCGUUAUCGCCAGAAACAUAAUAACAACCCCUUCUACGCUGCCUCUGCUGACCCAGCCGUCACCACGUCAACAGACAUCACCCUCUCCCUGCGGCGCACCCACUCCCUCAUAGCCGGCGAACUCGCCAAGUCGACCUUUGCGGCUCAGACUCUGGCAGAGAGCACCGCCGCACUAGCCGAGCUGCAGCGCAGCUAUUCCAGCUUAGACGCCUUGCUGGGAGCAUCGCGCGAGCUGGUCGGCGAGCUAGUCGCCGCGCGCCGAAGCGAUACGUGGUACCUGCAGAUGGCACUGCGGAUGCUGCUGUGGACAUUGGCCUGGUUGAUAUUCAGGAGAUGGUUGUAUGGCCCGCUCUGGUGGCUGAUCUGGUUGCCCCUCAGGACAAGCUGGAGGGUGGGUAGCGGGGUUACGAAGGCUGUUGUUGGCGGGUCGGGAGAAGGGCAGUCUUCUGCGUCUGUGUCGGUUUCACUGUCGGCACCGGGGGCUGGUGUUACAGGUGUUGUGGAAGGUACCGCAGGGAAGGAGGAAGUGCCUCUUAUACGAGUUGGCUUAGAAGAGGAACCGAAGGAGGAGAAGAAAGGGGAACCCGAGUCUAUGGUCGGGCAAAUAGGAAGGAUUAUUGAGGACACGCUGGAUCAGAUUCAGCGAGAGAAAGAGGCAAAUAAAACGGAGGAUGCUGAUAAGACCGAAGAGCCAGCACCAGAACCAGAGUUAGAAGGGAGGGAGGAAGUACAGCCUAAUCCGAAGAAAAGGAUGUGGGAUGCUGAAUCAGAAUCGAUGGAUGAGCCGGAGCCGGUGCAGGUGCCGGCGAGAGAUGAACUAUGA